CCUAGCCUCACUUGUCACAUAAAUACUGCCGCGGAACCUUUCUCUUCUUUAUUCCCCCAACAACUCUUCUGUCCUCCUCAGCGUCCGUCCAACGCACCUUCCCCCUCCUCCCUCUUCUUGUUAUAUUCCUGUGCUGCUCUGUUCAUCCCCGAAUUUCUUUGCCCCCUCCCCAUUUACAUCGUCGCCUCAUCUAGCAAUGGAAUUCGACCACGCCACUGUGGACACCAGCUUCACCACCUACAUGGACAGUGAAUACCUCCGCUACCCGGACUCCUCCCCUGCUUCCUUUGACCAGGCCAUGGAUCUCCCUCCGAGCCCUACCUUCCCGAUGGGCCUCGCACACAACUUGAACGAGGUUUACUAUGCUCCCCCAUCGCCCCCGGCUCAGAGCCUGAACUCCUAUGCCACUCUCGAGACCGGCAUUUCUCCGCCGUCUUUGCUCGGUCCCUCGUACACGCUCACCAACCCUGCUGAGAGCUCGUCUGGUCGUCGCGGUAGCGGAUCUCUUUCGCCGCCGAUCGGAUCAUACUCGCCCUCUGCCGCUGUGCCCCGAUCCCUCGCACCCAACCGCCGCUUCAACCCCAUGGCGCGUCCCCAGCGCCGCAAGACGCGCCGCAGCGACGAUAGCGACGACGAGGACGAGGACGACUUCCAGCCGGCGUCGCACAGCUCAGAUUCCCGGCGCGAGACCAUCCGCCGCCAGCGCAUCGAGUCCGAGCAGCGCCGCCGUGACGAGUUGAGGGACGGAUACGCACGUCUGAAGGAGACCCUUCCCAGCACCAACCAGAAAUCCAGCAAAGUGUCUCUGCUUGAUCGAGCUACGAACCACGUUCGCAAUCUCGAGAUCGCUAAGGCACAGCUGGAGAAGCGUCUGGAGGACCUCGAGGCAUCAGUCAAGCACCUCCGCCAUCUCAACGAGGUCUUGAGCGUGCGGGCUGUGACGCAGCCCCGCAGCAUCGCCACUUUCUGAGCGCCUCUCGUCCCGGUGCCUGAAAAAAUUCAAAAAAAACUUCCCCCUCUGGACCCCGACUGCAUUUAUUCUAUAUAUCACGCCAUCUCAUUCCCCGCGACGUUUUUUUGCUCGACAUCCUUUCGGCCCGGCGCCGCCUUGCUGCCUAUCCGACAUCUCUUGCGCGCUAGUUGCUGCUGUGCUGCACACUGGCGUCGAGAUCGCCUGAAGACGCGGACUCCGAUGAUGGACCACGGAUUCCGGUUGAUGCACCGCAGUUGACACGACACCGACACAAGACACGGGGAGCGCUUGAGAUGCAAUAUCGCGCCGUUUACGGCGCGUGAGUGCUUCGCCUCCUUGUGAGCUUUCUUGUACUUUCUUUACCGUCGCUUGUCCUGCUCUGUGUCCCGUUCCCGACCCCCCAUCAACUUGCUUGAGGCGACGACCACUUUAUUGUGGUUCCGUGCUUCGCUUGUGCCGAUACACUGGCAUCGUUCUGUCCCCUCUUCGCCAUCUCUCUCGCUUCGAUUCGGAUAUCGCACCCUGGCUGCGUUCCCAAUUCACAGGCCGCUGUUCAUCUCCGGAUCUCGACGACUUCCGUCGUCUCACGACUCGCAAUUGACUUAUUGUCUUUAUGUCCCCAAUGUUGUUCCACUACACGCCUACUUAUGACUCGUUUCACUCUCCCCCUCGACUCGUCCAUUUCCCUCCCUCCCACACAUGUCCGCGCUUUGCAUGGAAGCUGGAUCGGGCGAUGGACGAUUGCGACCCACGACCGUUGGCACCACAACCUUUCGCGACUUUUCCCAGGUCAUCCGACACACAGCUUUGGACCCGACGACGCGCUGAUGGCUCCGCUGCCCUCGCCGUCUUCAUCCCUCUCGCCCCUUUCGUGACGGCUUGCCUCCGACUGGGUUGCUUGACGAGUGGUGUCGACUGUGUGGUUGGUUGGCUGGCUGGUGUGCGAAAGCCUGGUUGCUGCUGCCUCCUUCCGCUGUCCUCGUAGUCGUCUCGUCCCUGGCUUCCUGUCUGCUAGUCCAGACAGGUUCGUCUGUUCGUCGGUUGGAUUGUCGCCCGGCCUCGCUGUUCUUGUCGUCGUGGCUUGAGUGGGCUUGCCCGCUCGCUGCGACGGCUCUUGCGAGGGUUUCCUUUGUGGCUGGCUACUCCUACGUCCAUCCGGGUACCGCUUUGCUUUGUCCGCCAUCUGUGCUUGCGCAGUGCCGGGCUCACGCAAGCGGCUGCUCCUUCUAUGCUCCACCAUGCUCUUCCCAACGCUACAUGUGAUUCCUCCAUCCACCCACCAUAUUUCUGUCUUUAUCUUCUACCCAUCGUGUGCCAUCCUUGCCGAGAUCACGACUGCGUUCUGCUGUACAUAGUGAUGAAGUUGUCCUGAUCUUUUACGAUGCAAUGUGAUACCACGCCUUUUGUGUCUGCUUAUCUCUUUG